GCAUUCUGCUUUUUUCACCUUUACCUUCUUCCUUUCCCCCCGUUUCUCUCUCUUUAACUUUGGACGCGAGCCCCUUUACACCAUUUUUCCUGUCUGGUUUCGUUGUUUUUAAAAGCAAUGCCUCAAUUAAACCGAUCCCAUUAAGAAUCCAGUUGGGUCUCUUCAUUUGUCCCCAGAACUAUAACCUCUCACCAUUAAAAUGGCCCAAACAGCUUCCAAAUGCUUCUUCUUUUCCAUUCUGUCUCUCCUCGCCAUCUGCUCUUCUGGUAGAUUUGGUGGAUCGCAUUUGGAUGUGCAAGAAAAUGCUUCGGCAGAGUUGGAAUGGAAGUUCAGUGAACUUGUUCGGACAACAAUGCACGACGCGACCAACUCGCCGACAACGAAUUUUCCGACAACUCCAGACACCUCCACGCCGACAAUCAUCACCGUUCCGGCGACCAACCCUGUCACUGUCACUCCGUCGAGUCCUGCUUCCACGCCGGUGUCCAUUCCCUUAACGACACCCAUCACAGUUCCUGCUAACUCGCCGGUGCCGCUCACCAAUCCGGUUGCGCCGCCAGUUACAGUACCCGGAGCCCAGCCCAUAACAAACCCGGUGACCACUUAUCCAGCUCCGUCAGGUGGUUCGCCGGUAGUAACACCCGUCACAAACCCAGUUCCGGUGUCCCCUCCGGCGAUGACGAACGCACCGGUAAUUCCAGGACAGAGCUGGUGUGUGGUCAGGUCCGGCGCUUCUGAGAUGGCUCUUCAGUCGGCGUUGGACUACGCCUGUGGCACUGGGGCUGACUGUUCUCAAAUCCAGCAAGGUGGAAGCUGCUACAACCCAAAUACACUUGAAAACCACGCUUCUUUUGCAUUCAAUAGCUAUUUUCAGAAGAAUCCUUCUCCUACAAGCUGCGAUUUUGGAGGAUCUGCCAUGGUUACCAACUCCAAUCCAAGCACUGGCUCUUGCCUUUACCCAUCAUCAUCUUCCUCUGCGACGCCGGCAUCCAUGACGCCGUCGGUUCCAACGCCAACACCGACAACAACAGCGCCGAUCACUGUCGCACCAACUAUAGUUACGAACCCAACGUCUUCACCUGUAGGGACCGGCAUGCCAGAAAAUGGAACUCCUCCUGCAAUCUUUAACCCAGACAAUCCAAGUUCAAGUAUUGGCAGCUCAACAGGGUUUGGAACUGAGAUCCCUCCAAGCUCAAGCACCUCAAUAUCCAUGGCAGCUGGAUUGAGACCGUUUACUUGGUGCAUCAUUAUGACGAUGUCCUUAAUCACUCGCAGAAUCAUUCUGGAGUUAUGAAAUCACUGAGUUCUUCUCCUUGUACUGUACAUGAAAGGCACUCGUAAUUCACAGCUUCAGAAUCGCCACCCAGUUCCACCAUGAGUGCAAAUUUUGGAGGAGAAAAGGGACCAGAGGUGAGUUUGAGAGAUAGACAAGAAGGUUUAGAGAAUGCACUGCCACUGCCCUGCUUGUGUAAAGAUCAAAUAUAUGUUAGUGAUAGAGACGGAUGUAUUAGCUAUUGGAACUUUGAGACUGUAAUAUAAUAUUUUUAUAAAUAUAUCUAUAUGUUAGAUUUUGGGAGUA